GAGAACAAACCUUUUUAGUGGCUGCCUUGAGUGUCUUCCUACACAGAUGCAAACCAACAAUGUUGUCAGAGUGAAGUUCAAAGACAGCAAGAAAUAUAUUUUUUCUUCGAAUCCUUUUACAUUUCAAUCGUUUUUGGAAUGUGUUGCCAAGAAAUUUGAUCUUCCUACAAUGGAUGUUAAAGUCUUUGAUGACUCGAAGACAGAAGUUGAUGAGGAAGCAUUCGGAUAUCUGCUGACACAACCAGAUCUUGGUGUCCUAGAAAUUUUCAUCCCAGGCACAGCAAACAUUGAUGAUUCUUUAAGCUCAAGCUCAUUAGGAGAUACUGAAGGUACGUCAGAGUCCGAUGACACAGCAUUGUUGAUUAGAAGCCCUCCUGAAAGAAAUAAAGCUAAGGAAUGUCGUCUUGCCCAAAUGAUCGAAAAUAUCCUAAAGAGCAGCCCCGGAGGUGAAAAGGUUAUAAACGAAUAUGCCCGCACCAAAGGUCUGUCAGAUGCCCGAAGAUGUGACAUGGUGAAAAUCUUGGUAGCAAAUUUGACAAAUGAACAUGGAACAAGCCCUUCCCGACAUUUGAAGGAAGAAUAUGCGAAGGGAAUCAUUUCCCUAUUCCCAUGCUUGGCUGACCCCAGGAGCAAGCUUGGAUAUGAGCAUUAUUACAAUGCAGAAGAUGGAAGUGGAUAUUUGGCGUGGAGAAUUAAAACUCUGCAGAAAGAAACAUCAGAGGGACGGAUGAAGCACCCACGGCAACCACAAACAGGUGGGCCAACUGCUAACAGACAUCCCUACAAAGAAGACUGCUGUUUGACUGAAGACCGUCAGUGUCAGGAAGCAAUAGCCCUGAUGAAGCAUACAGUUGAUGAGGCAGUGGUAAAGGAAAAGAUGAAGUUAACACUGGCCUAUCGCCAGAAGCUCCUGCACGACCCUAAAAAGUCAACUGAUAUUCUAUCAAUUUUCCCGCGAUUCCUGGAUAUACCAGGCUUGAUUGAUCAAGAUUUUGGACUUCUGUUUGGUGAUGCGACCUCUGCAAAGUUGUUGGAGAAGUGGUCUACCAACAUAAAACCAAAGGUUAUUGUACAGAGCCGUGGCCUCACACAGACUAGUGAGCUCCAAGACCUCAUCCAAAAUGCUGAAGCCACUGAAGUUGAAGAAGGUUGGGACAGCAACAUGUCUUCCAUUCUGAUGCUGGUUCACCUUUUGCCACCCUCAAGUCAAGGCCGCAAGAGACCGGGAAAGAUCUCAGCUAGACAAGCAUGUGAUCAUCUUGUGAAGUUCAUCAAGACCGGUACCAGUAUCCAAGGGCACUUGUAUAGCAUUGGAGAGAGCCUCCAGCCGUAUCUACUUGCUGUUGGGCCGAAGAGAAGUAGGGUCCAUUCUUGGUUUAUUGUAAUUGACCAACAUACUCUACCCUGUAAGGCUUCUAAUUCACUGGCCUGUGUUGAUGAGCUUUUCAAAGCUCACUUUGUCUUUGGCACUUCAUACUGUCAGGAAUUGACCAAUGUGUAUAGCUUUCUGCAAACCACUGUCUAUGAUAUAGACGUUGAAACCACCAAGGUGAAUCCCAGAGUGGCCGAGUUGAGAGCUAGAAUCCUCCAGUGAGCAGAUGAUUUGUUUCAUUUGUAAAAAGGGGCAUGCUAAUGCCAAUGACCUUAUAAGGCGCUUCAAGUUAGUUCAUGGCCUUUGUCCAGGAAAAAGUCUCAAGUUAAAAUGUGCUCAAAGAGGUUGUUUACAUGUUUACCAUAGUUUUUCUGGAUUACGAAAGCAUCUCAGCAAGUGUUGUGCAAUUGACCGUUCAUGCCUCGAUUCUGGUGAAAGCUCAUCCACCACCAACUCCAUUUCAUUAGAUGAUGUAGGUGUUUUAUCAAACCAAAAUCCACCUUGUGAGUCUGCACUCUUAAAAACAAAUAUAGUAAACAGUUGUGCAACAGUGGUAGCUGAACUUAAAGUUGCUGGUGUCGCAGAGACAACUAUUAACUAUGUUGUUGGUGCUCUAGAAGAAGUGAUUGGAGACAUUCAUAGUGAAACUCAAGAAUCAGUGAAAAACAGCCUAUCCUUAGAGGAGCCCAUAAAAAGUGUUGUUGAGUGUCAAAUUGAUCAGUGUUUUGAAAAAAUGCAAAAUCCUUUUGCAGCAUUAAACACUGAGAGCAAGAGAAUGCGGUACUUUUCAGACAACUGGGGAAAAAUAGAUCCUGUUGAAUAUGUUCUCUGAACAAGAUUUGCGACGCGGCGUAACAGAACAACUGAAACUUUUGCCCAAACCAUUGUUAAGGAUAAAUUUGUAUAUAUACCAAUUCUUGAGACAUUACAGUCCAUUUAUAAGCACCCUAACAUUACAGAUAUGAUGGCGAGAGAUUCACAACAAAGACCAAAUUGUCUUUAUGACAUACACGAUGGAGAAUUCUUUAAGAAUCAUACACUCUUCUCAAAACAAAGACAUGCAGUUCAGAUCCAGCUUUUUUUUUGAUGAAUUUGAAUGCUCAAACCCCUUAGAUCAAAACGAGGAAUACAUAAGUUAGGAGCUAUCUAUUUUACCCUUAGAAAUAUUUCCCCUAAAUACAACUCGAGUUUACUAAAUAUACAUUUAGUCACUUUAUUUCAUGCACAAGAUAUCAAAACCUAUGGGUUUGAUAAAAUACUAGAGCCGCUUGUCCAGGAUAUCUCAACUCUGGAAACCAAUGGAAUUCAGAUUCCUUUAUUUGAUCAUACAGUUUAUAGAACCAUUGUCCAGGUUACUGGUGACAACCUUGGUGUCCAUUCCUUGUUUGGUUUUGUGGAAUCAUUUAGUGCUAGGUACUGUUGCCGCUUUUGCCUACUAGAGAAAGAGGACUUUCAGACAGUGUUCAGUGAAGAUAGUCCAAAGAUGACAGUGCGAACUAAAGAACUUCAUGCUGAACACUGCCAGAGAAUGCAGAGCAAUCCCAGUCUGCCUUAUGUAAUGGGAGUAAAAAAGUCUUGCCUUUUUAAAUUUGUUGCAAUAUUUCCACACCACUGCAAAUUUUUCAGUUGAUAUUAUGCACGACAUAUUAGAGGGGGUUGCUCAAUUUGAGAUGAAAUUACUAAUUCAGCACCUGAUUGAAAAUUACACCACAUCAGCAGAAGUACGCAGAAGAAUUCAGAAUUUCAACUAUGGCUUCAUGGAACAAAACAACAAACCUCCUGGUGUACAAUUAAGAGAGGGUUCCAAUGACUUGGGCUUAAACGCCACUCAGAGCUGGUGUUUAUUGCGUUAUCUGCCCAUCAUGUUUGGAGAUCUUGUGCAUCCUAAUGAUCAUCACUGGUAUUUGUUCAUUUUAUUGCUUCAGAUAGUCAAUAUUGUGUUUUCUUCAGUUAUAUCCACUGGUAUUACCAUUUAUUUGAAACAUCUGAUUGCAGAACACCACAGUUUCUUUAAGCAUUUGUUUCCAGAUAAGAACUUGUUGCCAAAGCAUCAUUGCACUAUGCAUUACCCCAGUUGUAUGCAGAAAAUUGGACCACUGAUACAUUGUUGGUGUAUGCAUUACGAAGCGAAGCAUAACGUUUUUAAAAAGCAGCUGAAAAGCUUUAAAAACAUAACGAAAACAUUAGCAAAGAAACACCAGUGCCAAAUGGCUUACAUUUGGCAAACAUUUGACCCAAAUGCCAUGAAAUUUGGUCCUGGGAAAAUGAUCCCAUUGAAUGAAAUGGAAGUUGGCAAUAAGAUGGCUGGGAAGCUUAAUGUGCCUAUGUGGACUAAGGUCCUAAACGUGAAAUGGGUCAAGCGCUGUGGAAACACAUAUCGGUCAGGGUUGGCAGUUUGUGUUCAAGUUCAAAAUGACAUGCCUGUAUUUCAUGUAAUCCAGAAUAUUGUUAUUAAAGAUGAGCAUAUCCUUUUAAUAACAACUGCACUGAAAAAGUUAUGUUUAGACGAACAUAUCCAUGCUUACAAAGUUGCACAUACCACAGAAGCACCUUAUGUUUUGGAGAUUAAGGAUAUUUUGCACCAUAAGUUGUUUGACAUUCUGAUGUCUUAUGGAUGUGAUUCUGAUUUGUUUAUUGUACCAUAUAGUUUCAUGUAAUUCUUUUUCAUCUCCAUUAUAUUAUUACUACUUUUUAUUUUAGUAUUGUUUUCAUUUCAUUUUUUUUUCUUUAAUCUUUGUUCACAAUCACAACACGAUGACACAUUCACGAUGACAAGUGAAUUAAGUGCAAGUGUAAUGUUGUUUGAAGAGGAGCUUGAAAAAUAAAAUUGAGACAUGAGUAUA